CAGGUAGGACGCUGAUAAAAGGUUGUCGAUCUCGGCUUUUACACCAGCCGAUUGCAUUUGCUUGAAAGUUUCUAAAGCAUCCUUAUCAAAUCUACAUCGUGUCAUUGUAUGAAUGUCUUAAAUCUGGAAAUACCCUACUGCCUUCAUUUGCCAAGCCGAUUUCUCCGAAUUUGCAUAUAACUCCCAUGUCGUGGAUGUGAUUUGUCUCCUACACAAAAAGCAUAUGUUCAUACCCUUUUCAAAAGUUCCCAAUUUUACAUAGGCGGGGAGGACACAGACAAAGGUUUUGGAGUCUGGUCUUACACAAUUCGACUACUGCAUUUGCUUGAAAGUUUCUAAAGCCUCAUCAAUAAUUCUGUUUUACCACGUAGCCUGCAAUCAUUGUAUUCUAGGAGAUGACAUCUCCAUGAGGCGUUUUGUCAACUGUUCAUGUGUUUUGUUAAUGAUUCUACGUUUUGGCGUACAUUUCCAACUGCAGUAUGUGAUAAAAAAACUCCCUACCUUUAUGCUUGAUGGAUGUCCAUACCCUUUUGCAGGGCUCUCAUGUCUGCACAUGCGGAAGGAUACCAGUUACAGGUUGUGGAGAAUGUUGUUUGAAAGCCUCUUCAGCCAAGCCUUUUGGAAUCUUGCAACGUUGCAAACUCUAAGACAUGGCAAUCUUUGAGGCAAUAUUAUGAGAUUGGAGGAGAUUAAUGUUUACGGUUUCAAAAUGGAGACACAAGCAAGGAAAAGAGGCUAGACUCAAAGUGUUACAAGGCAAACUAUAGGACCUCGGAGCAUACGAAAGCUCUCUGUGGAAACUACAAAUGGGUUCACAACAAUUUGUAUCAUGAUGACAGCAAGGCCCAUGGGAAUAGGGAGGUCGGACCAUUGUGGGGGAAAAUAUAUAAAUUUUGGCUUCUUUCUAGAGUGGAGAUUUCAGUUUUAUGAUGUCUACUUGUAAAUAUUCUAAUGUAGUGGAACCGGUAAGGAAGCUAAAGAAGAAAGAUGGGUUUAUAAGAACCAAAGGAAAUGAUGGAAAAUGUGCUUUGCCAGAUAACAGUCCCCCUGUAACAGCUAGGGCCAAAGGAACAAAAUCCCAAUAUCAAAGAAGAGAAAUGUUGCAAUCCUGUAAAGAAGGCUUGCCAAGUCUAAAAAAACAGAAUAGGGCAAUAUUGGGUGGAGAAGUCAAUUCUGAACCUUUUAAAGUUAGGCACCCUUAUUCAACAAAGAAUUCAAAAUCCUUUAAGGAUAAGGCCUCUAAAUAUCCAUUUGUAAAUUCUUCACAGUUGAAAAUCAAUGCUGCAGCAACAGUUUCUGCCAAGUUGAUGAAGAAGCCAACCAAGGUAAUCAACAGAGUAAACUAUUAUUCUAACCCACCUGUUAUAGAUGACAAUAUUGAGUAUAGUCUUCUCACUUCUGAAAUAAGUGACCAAGAGUUGCUAGAUUUGAAUUUGCUCCCUGACGGACUUCAGCAACACAAAUUGACUGUGACACCUGUUUUUACACCAAAGAAAUCUGAAAGACCUAUUGUUGGAGGAUUUUAUAGUUUUGAUGGAUCCAGGUUCAGUCCAAUGGAAGAGGCUUCUCUAAUCCUUCAUAGCCCUAUUGCAGAUGCAUAUUCCAUAGGUUAUUAUUCUAAUUCAAGUGUAGUGAGUGAUUCAGCAAAUACAGAUGAUGAUUUUGAUGGUAAUUUUCACAGUUCUGGAUCAAAUGAACAAGACCUGUUAGAUUUGAAUUCACUAACGGAUGGGUAUGUCAAUACUCCUCUUUCUACACCAGAGAAAUCUGAUAGAGGAUUUGAUAGCUUUGAUGGCUCCAAGUUCAGUCCAAUUGAAGAAGCUUUGCUUGUUCUUAAUAGUCCAAAUGAAGAUAUGUUUUUAACUCCUCUUUCUUCAAAAGAAACAUCUAAGAGAGUUUCUGUUAGAGGAUUGCAUAGCUUCGAUGGUUACAAUUUCAGUCCAAUUGAAGAGGCUUUGCCUAUUCUUAAUGGGCCAAUCAAAGAUCCAUUUAUUUCUUCUGUUUCUACUGGCGUGAUAUCAGAGAAUACGCCCACAUACAUGCUUCCUAUACCAGAUUGCAUUUGGAAUGCAGACUCAACAGUAUCAUUGCAGUCAAGUCCCACACAAUGUUUUGAUCCAUGGUCUGAGGAAACAAAGAGCACUUCAGAGAAUGGGGCCUCAUAUGAUAAAUGCUCUUGGAAGGGUAGCGAGUCUACUGACUCAUGUUUCUUUUACAGUUCUAAAGCAGAUAGAAUGAAGCCCUCGCGUUUAGCAUCACAGUGGACAACAGAUACUUCUGCAUUAACAAUUUCUAAGAAAAAGAAGCAGCGCAUAAAUGACAUUGGUGAAGUAGAAUGGUUUUCUAAUCUAAGAUUUCUGAGUGAUUCAGCAGUUGUAGAUGACGAAGCUGGGUGGGGUCUCCUCAGCUCUGGAACUAGUGAAGAAGAAUUGUCAUCUUUGAAUGUUCUCCCUGUUGGACUCUUUCCAAAGAAAGAGAUUAUUACUUCUACUUCUACAACAGAGAAACCAAAAAUAGUCAUAGCUGGAGGAAUUCAUAGCUUUGAUGGGUCUAGGUUUAGUCCGAUCGAACAGUCUUUCCUUAUUGUUAAUGACCCGAUUGUAAAUGAAUAUGCUUGCAAUACUGAUAAAGGAGGAGAAACAUCUCAAGUUGUUGAACUCAAAGGUAAACAUGAUUUUUGUUCUUUAUUGGAGGCAGAACUACUGGAUGAAAAGACCCAAAACAAAAAGCUGGAUCGGAUAUUAAAGUUACAAACAGAUCUACUGGAAGUAAAAGCACAAAUUAAAUAUCUGGGAUGGUUGUUGGAGAGUUCCCUAAGGAGGGCGGACAUGUUGCUUGCUAUCAAAGCUUGCAAGACAGGAUGAGCUAGUUACAUAGUGUGGCAGAGGGAGGCAAAUUUUUUUGUAUGCAGUCACCAUUUUCCACCAUUGGCGAGAUGUUUAUGAUGUUUUCUCCAGCCCAUGUUGGAUAUGAUGUAAUUAUUUAAUCCAGAUGCCAAGAAGAAAAGCCAUGCAUUAAUUUCAGCCAUUCUAGCUAAUACUGCAAAAGAAAAAUCUGACUAGCAAAUGGCCUUGCAUUUUGCGUCGCAGCAUUCUUGUGUUCAUGUUCAGGUUUCCGUUUACUGGAGACGCAUUGCAUGUACCUACUGAGAUCAUUUGGGAAUGAAUGCCCUGAAGAGGGGAA